GAGGGAAAAGGAAGGGGCGGAACUGUGGGUGGACGCUGGUGUUGGCGUAGAGGCAGUCACUUGUGAAUGGUUUGCCUUGCUCACAUCUGUUGUCCAUUUUGAAAUGCCAGUUUUUUUCCAUUUGUGUAAUCUCUUGCACAUUCCACAGCGAUUGCUCAGGCUUGGAGAACAAAACCUGUUCUGCAAAAACGGCAGCGUCUGCAAAGCUAAAGGGGCUCAAAGCACAUAACUGUUGUGAAUCUGGUGACUCAAGAGGGAAGCUAUGAGAAACAUUACAUGGGUCAAAUGUGCAGCCCUUAUCAUCUCUGUCCUUGUCAAUGUCCUGGGUUCGCAUGGGGGGAAGAUCCUGGUAUUCCCAGUGGAUGGCAGCCACUGGAUCAACAUGAAUCUCUUAAUUGAGGGACUCCAUGCCAGGCACCACAACAUCACUGUGGUACGGUCUGUUAGCAGCUGGUAUGUCAAGGAAAAGUGUCCCCACUACACCUCCAUCACUGUCCAUCUUCCAGAGGUCAUCAGCAUUGAGGACCAGGACUUCUUUGUGUCCUUUCUCAGCAGAAUUAUGGAGAUCCAGCGGGGAGGGGCAUCUGUCCUGGCCUUUAUCUCCUUCUACUGGGAAAUGUUGACCAAACUGUCAAACAUGCACAGGCAAGCUAGUCAGCUUGCAGUGGAGAUGUUCAAGAACCAACAGCUCAUGCAGAGCCUCCAGGACACUCAGUUUGACCUGGUUCUUAUGGAUCCAGGUCUUCCAGCAGGGCUCCUGAUAGCACACAAGCUGCAUCUUCCCACAGUCUUCAAUGUCCGCUGGAUCACCAGUGGGGAGGGACAUUUUAUAGUCGCACCCUCCCCAGUCUCAUAUGUUCCUACUUCUUUAUGUACAGUCUCAGACAAAAUGAUCUUCACUCAAAGAGCAAAAAAUAUGUUCCACUACUUCCUCAACAUCUGCAUCGACACAUUUGUAGUUUGUCCACAUUACAAUAGACUGUGUGCUCAGUACUUUGGACCAGAUAUUAACUUCUACCAUCUCCUCCAGUCCAUUGACGUUUGGCUUAUGAGGGUGGAUUUUGUCUUUGAGUUCCCUCGCCCAACAAUGCCUAAUAUUGUCUACAUUGGUGGGUUCCAGUGCAAGCCAUCCAAGGCUCUGCCACCAGACCUGGAGGAGUUUGUGCAGAGCUCUGGAGACCAUGGGGUAGUUAUCAUGUCCCUGGGGACACUCGUUAAAGGCCUGCCUGUUGGAAUUACAUCAGAGAUUGCUGCUGCAUUUGCCCAGAUCCCCCAAAAAGUAAUCUGGAGGCACCUUGGGGAGAAGCCCCAGAACCUGGGAAAUAAUACACUGCUGGUGCAGUGGCUGCCCCAGAAUGACCUCCUGGGCCAUCCUAAGGUCAAGGCCUUUGUGGCCCAUGGAGGGACCAAUGGCAUUUAUGAGGCUAUCUACCACAGCAUACCAGUGCUGGGCUUGCCAUUGCUUUUUGACCAGUUUGAGAACGUUUUGAGGUUGGAAGUACGAGGGGCAGCGAAAGUGCUGGAUGUGACAAAGAUUACCAGCCAGGGCUUUCUGCAGGCCUUGCAAGAUGUUCUCCAGGAUCCCUCAUAUCAAAGCAAUAUGCAAAAACUCUCCAGACUCCACCGAGACAAGCCCCUUCCCCCUUUGGACAGUGCCUUCUUCUGGAUUGAGUUUGUCAUGAGGCACAAAGGAGCGGCCCACCUGCGCACUGAGUCCUACAAGAUGCCCUGGUAUGCCUACCACUCGUUGGAUGUGAUCGGCUUUCUCAUAGUCGCAGUGUUGGCUGUACUGGCCACAGUGGCAACCAUGUUCCAUUUACUGUGCUGCAGGUUGUGCAGGAGAAGAAAAUUAAAGCAAGAAUGAUCACUGGUGUCAGAGAAAAUCACAUACAGUACAAUACAAAUUGCUGACAGUCAGAUAUUGCUAUAUUGAAAUAGUGUGCAUUUUUGUGAAAAAUGUUUAGCCUUGCACAGAUUAGUGCAUUAUGAAUGUUUUGUAUGGGAUUCAUGAAAUGUACUGUGAUGUUAGUUGUUUAAAUGUAAAUGUUAUAGGUUUUAUCAGAGAAGCAGUAAAAAAGUGCAGCCUGUUAACACUUA